AUGGACAACAGGACAGAAGUGACACAGUUCAUCCUCAUAGGCCUAACCAAUGCCCCAGAACUGCAGAUCCCCCUCUUUAUAAUGUUUGCUCUCAUUUGUCUUAUCAAUGUGGUUGGAAAUCUGCAGAUGAUCCUGUUGAUUUUCAUUGACUCUCAUCUACAUACCCCCAUGUAUUAAUUUCUCUGUAACCUGUCUCUCGUAGACUUGCAUUACUCUUCAACUGUCACUCCCACGGUCAUGGUGGGGUUUAUUACAGUAGAGAGGGUCAUAUCUUACAAUGCAUGUGCUGCUCAGAUGUUCUUUUUUGCAGCCUUUGCCACUAGGGAAAAUUUGUUCUUGGCAUCAAUGGCCUAUGAUCGCUAUGCAGCAGUGCGUAAACCCCUACAUUACACCACCACCAUGACAACAAGUCUGUGUGCACAUCUGAUUACAGGCUGCUAUGUCUGUGGUUUCUUAAAUGUUUCCAUCCACACUGGGGACACUUUCCACCUCUCUUUCUGUAUGUCCAAUGUGGUCCAUCACUUUUUCUGUGAUAUUCCAGCAGUCAUGGCAAUGUCUUGCUCUGAUAGGCAUGCGAAUGAGCUGGUUCUUGUUUAUGUAGCCAGCUUCAAUGUCAUUUUUGCUGUCCUGGUUAUCUUGAUAUCCUACCUGUUCAUAUUUAUCACCAUCCUAAAGAUGCACUUAUCUGCGGGAUACCAGAAGGCUUUAUCCACUUGUGCCUCCCACCUCACUGCAGCCUCCAUCUUCUAUGGAACUGUUAUCUUCAUGUACUCACAGCCCAGCUCCAGUCAUUCCACAGACACAGACAAAACAGCAUCCGUGUUCUAUACUAUGAUCAUCCCCAUGCUCAACCCUGUGGUCUACAGCCUGAGGAACAAGGAGGUCAAGAGGGCAUUCAUGAAGGUUCUUUUGGAGGCAAAAUUGUAUAUCGAUCUGUGA